ACGCCCCAGAAAAAUCAAUGACUAAUGAAAAAGAAAAUAACGAUCAAAUUUCAAUAGUGCCAAAGGCUGAGACGUUAAGUGGAAUGUGGAAGCUAAUGAAAGUUGUUACAGAGACUAUCUAUAAAAAUACACACAGAACCUUCAAGAGUAAGAUUAAAUACCUGGAGGGUUUAAAGACCACUAUAUUAACAAGCAUAGAGGAUCGAGUCGAGAAUAUUUGGCCCGAUGACAUCGAACAUCGAGGUUCAAGAAAACGACGAGCGCGUUCUGCGGACGCGCGUGGCCACGUCGAGUUUCCCUCGUCCGAGAGUACACUUAUGACCAUAUCAUUUCUCACAUUUGCGGUUUUCCUCAUAAAGUUAGUUUUGCAAGUAAUCCACACGUACAAGAAUAAAACGAUGAUGGUUGCCCCUGCGGUUUUCGCGGCGGUGGGACGCGCGGCAGCUGCCCUCCGAAAACAAAACUAAUUUUAAUUAAAUG